UUUUAGCAAGAAAAACACCCUCAAUCCUCAACUUGCUUUCAAUUUUCUCUCUCCUCCUGUCUCUUCUGGGCGAUCUCACCGCACUUCUUCCCAUUUCUCUCUCUCCUCUGAAUGACAACAACAACAACAACAACAACAACAAAAACUCCACACUUUCUCUAAUUCUACCAAUUCUUCACUCACUCUUCUUCAUACCCUUUAUUCUUUUCUUUGGAUUGAAAUCUCUUUAAUUUUGUAUGUAAAUUUAGGGAAAAAAACUAACAAAUUUUUAACGAUUUUAAAGCUGAAAUAUUAAGAUUUAGAUAUUAUAAAAUUAUGUCAUCGUCAAAUCCUAGAACAGUGGAAGAGAUCUUCAAGGAUUUCAGCGCUCGUCGUUCUGCUAUUGUUCGUGCGCUCACUUCUGAUGUUGACGAAUUUUAUGGGCUCUGUGAUCCGGAGAAGGAAAAUUUGUGCUUGUAUGGGCACCCGAGUGAAACUUGGGAAGUUAAUCUCCCUGCAGAGGAAGUUCCACCAGAGCUUCCUGAGCCAGCUCUUGGGAUCAACUUUGCAAGGGAUGGAAUGAACCGGAGAGAUUGGCUUUCUCUUGUUGCUGUGCAUAGUGAUUGUUGGUUGUUAUCUGUAGCUUUCUAUUUUGGUGCUCGUCUCAACCGUAAUGAAAGGAAGCGUCUAUUCAGUAUGAUAAAUGAACUGCCAACUGUCUUUGAAGUUGUGACCGAAAAGAAGCCUGUAAAGGACAAGCCUAGUGUGGAUAGUGGUAGCAAAUCCCGAGGAAGUACCAAGAGGUCAAGCGAUGGGCAGAUCAAAAGCACCCCAAAGCUGGCAGACGAGGGAUUUGAGGAUGAUGAAGAUGAGCAGGGAGAAACACUGUGUGGUAGCUGCGGUGGCAAUUACAGUGCUGAUGAAUUUUGGAUCUGCUGUGAUAUCUGCGAGAGGUGGUUCCAUGGAAAGUGCGUGAAGAUAACUCCAGCCAAGGCCGAGAACAUUAAGCAGUACAAAUGCCCAUCUUGCAGCUUGAAGAAGGCAGGACGUAGUCACUGAUGCUGGUAUAAGGUGAUCAGAAAAUUUUUACCUGGGUGGCUGACAUAGUAUAGCAAAUACUACUAUCUUUAAAGUAUGAAAUCUGUAGUUAAAUUUGUUGCCAGCUGAUGUUUGUUCAUACAGCACCUGUGAUCCAAGUUUUCUAGUCUGGGAGUCUUGUAUUUUCUUGUAUCAGACAGUCUGGUUUAUGAUAAAUGUAUUCGUAUCA